UUACGCUCAGCAGGUGCAAGCUGCCGUCGCCGCACGCGACAUUGACCACAAAGGGUUCGGUUGUGCUGCAGCGUUGCGCGCUGAUCGGCUUGCGCACGGCGCAUCGAUCGUCGGCCGAUUACAAAACCACCAAUUAAAACGCAGACUUGCAGACAAUUGGACAGACAUGAACUAAAUUUGUGCGGUCGGCGCCGCCGCUGCUGCAUGCGUUCGGGUUCGUGAAUUCGGGAUUUCCGCACAUUCGAGCAGUGACACACCCGUCUUAAAACGCUGCAAGAUCACACACUUUUUAGACUUGACACUCGCCGUAAUUGUGGCAUUCGCGUACUUGACGUUGAGGCGGCGGCACACGCAAACUACUCAUUCGCCUUUCACGCGGAAUAAAUUUUAGACUUUCGUGCAAAUUAAGUGAUUACAAAUAAUAAACCUUCGAGCGUUCGAUCGUUGAUUCCCGCAGAACUUGUGGUUUUCUAUUGUGGUGUACGUAUAACACUAAAGUGUGAAGAUAACUCAAGAGAUAACGACUGCAUAGCAAUCGAGCAAUUGCGACACCACGUGUUCUAACUCUAAUAAUUAUCUAAUAAAAGUGUUUUCAUUUUGCAAUUGCAGUGUAAACAAAUAAAUUCUUGUUGUUGUAACAAAAAAGUGCGCAAAAAUGACCGCAGACAGAUUGAGUCCGACCACACCGCCGAGCGGACAAGGCAAUGACAAUUUCGGUUCGGAAGUUACCUUAGACAUACCGCCGAGCGGUCUAUACGCGGGCAGCAGUGAUUGUAUUGUGCAAGAUGAUGAACCACAAAAAGAGCGUGGUUGCUGUGACAAGUCGGGUGAUUGGGCCAAGCGCACCGCGGCGAAUGUGUUCCGCAAAAAGACACUCUACAAACGGUUGCCCAUACUACAGUGGCUGCCUAAAUAUAAUCGUGAUGAUUUCGUUGGUGAUUUGGUGGCUGGUAUAACGGUCGGUUUGACGGUGAUCCCUCAGGGCUUGGCGUAUGCGGGCAUAACAGGCCUAGAUCUACAGUAUGGUCUGUACGGCUGCUUCUUCGGCUGUUUCAUUUAUGUGCUCUUCGGCUCCAGCAAAGAUGUGCCUGUCGGUCCUACAGCCAUUGCAGCGCUGCUUGUCUACCAAACUGCGCGUGGCAGUUUGGAGAAAACGAUAUUACUCACAUUCCUCACGGGUAUCAUUGAAGUGCUAAUGGGUAUACUACAACUGGGCUUUCUGAUAGACUUCGUGUCAGGGCCGGUUAGUGCGGGAUUCACGAGCGCCGUUGCGCUCAUCAUUUUCACCUCACAACUCAAGGAUAUAUUGGUGGUGAACACUUCGGGCGACACUUUCGUCGAUAUGUGGAUCUCAAUUGUGAACGAUAUUCAAAAUAUCAGCUGGAAUGACACAGCGUUGGGUGUUGGUUGUGUUUUCUUGUUGUUGGCAAUGCGUGCUAUGACUACGGUGCAAAUUGGACCCAAGGAAGGCAAAAACAUUUGGCAAACGGUGCUAGAGAAGACUAUCUGGUUGAUUGGCACUUCACGUAAUGCGGUGCUGGUGAUUUUAGUUACACUCUUGGGUUAUGUGUUGCGCACCUCGGGCAUUGAUAUUUUCAAGAUGGUCGGUUUUGUGCCAAAGGGUUUGCCAGAAUUCAAAGUGCCACCUUUCUCUGUGACCACAUACACCAACUCUACAAGCGGCGAAGUUAUUGAGACACAUGAAAAUUUUGCACAAAUGGUGAGCAGUUUGGGCGCUGGUCUAAUAGUGGUACCGCUGAUUUCUCUGCUGGAAAAUAGCGCUUUGGUGCAAGCGUUUGCUGAUGGCAAACCGUGUGACGCCAAUCAGGAGCUCAUCGCCAUUGGACUGUGUAAUAUUGGUAAUUCCUUCGCGCAAGGCUUCCGCGGAAAUGGACCCAUUGCACGUGGUGCUGUUUUGAAUGCUAGUGGUGUUCGUACACAACUCUCCAAUCUCUACACUGGUAUAAUCGUAAUAUUUGCCUUGCUGUGGCUCACACCAGCCUUCUAUUACAUCCCUAAAGCCGCUUUGGCUGCCAUCAUAUUGGCUGCUGUGAUCUUCAUGGUGCAAUACCGCGUAAUCAAGCCAAUGUGGAGAAGCAAAAAAACCGAUCUCAUUCCCGGUAUCAGCGCCUUCAUUGCUUGUCUAGUGUUGCCACUGCAAAUUGGCAUUCUUGUCGGCAUCGGCAUUAACAUUGUCUUCAUUUUGUACAGCGCUGCGCGUCCGAAAUUAAGUGUCGAAACUGCUUGCACAUCGAAUGGCAUCAAGUAUCUCAUGCUCACGCCCGAUCGCUGCCUCAUCUUCCCAUCUGUUGAAUUCGUGCGCAACGUCAUCAACAAACAGGGUCGCAAGUCGACGCUCCCAGUGGUCAUUGACUGCACCUACAUUUAUGGUGCAGACUUCACAGCCGCCAAGGUUGUCUCAAUGCUAAUAAGUGACUUCGAGGCGCGCAAUCAGAAGCUCUACUUCUACAACCUGCAGCGUCGGGUCGCGCAAGUAUUCGAGGGUCUCAACAAGGCACUGAUUGUUAUCUACGAUGCUGAGCAUUUAGAAAUGGAACUCGGUGGUAAAGCCAUUGAGGCGAAUAAGUGAAUGACAUAAUUCGGAGUUUCUAUUAGAGGUUAGGCAAGCCCAGGGAAUAGGUAGAGUAAAGAAAGUUUAUGUUGAAGGCCAGUUACUUAGAAAAUAAUUAUGUGAUAUAAAUGUAAAACAUUUGUUUGUAAAGAACGGGACCUCUAAAAUUACAACCGUUACUUAUUACAUUAAAACUUUCCAAUGUUGGAAUGUUCUUGGCAAGGUAUGCUGGUGUCAUACCCUAAUGAACUAAUUCCAUAACUAUUUUAAGAACUUUGUUAUUGUAUUAUCUUCGAUAUUCCUAGUUAUGGCUAACUUUUCCUAAAUCAGAAAGUUAAUAGUAUGUUAAAGUUGUCAAUGCACGAGAGGCCGUAAGGAGAGGAAGCGGAGGAACUACGAAAUCUACCUAUAUCUAUAUUUAAGUAUACCUUACCAUAUAUGGUAUACUCGCACACUAUGACAUGGCACUGGCGCAGCGCAGAGGGGACAAUACGACUUUUCCUUAAUUCUUUUAUAGUUGUUAGUAUCAAAUUAUAUAUAUUUUCUUGAAGUCCUGCAGCCGCCUGCUUGCCUACGCACAUUUACUCACACCACAUAUGUAUAUAGCAACAUACUUACAUACACUAAAAAAAUAUAUAAUUAUAGCGAAAAUGCUUUAAAAAUCCGAGUCAUUGAUGUAAAGACGUACAUAUUCAUAGAGAGAUAUAUAUUAAGUCAUAGCUAAUUUGUAUAGUUUUAUAUACACUUGUUAAGUUUGUCGAUCGCUCGCAUGGAAAAGUAUUUAUUUAAAUAAUAGACAAUUAAAUGUAAAUAUUAAUAACUAAUAAAUAUGUAUUAUAUGAAAUGAAA